UUUCCUAUGGAUUAUGAUAGAUGGUCUGGACCUUCAGGCGUACCUAAAGCUUAUUUUGAUGAUUGCUUUGAAACAAUUUUAAAGCCUCGAUUUUAUUUUAAGAUUAAUGAAGCUAGUGCAAAACGGUAUUGCAAAUUGAGUAUGGGAAGAAAAUGGGCUGCAAAUAGGCAAAGCUUAUGGAAUGAAUUCAACGAUCCAACCAAAACAAGAGAUGAAAUCAUAAAAAAUGUGCCGAUAGGCAUAGAUAAAGAUCAAUGGGCUCGUUUUGUUCAUUAUCGUCAUAAACCAUCAACAUUGGAACUUUGUAGGAGAAAUAAAGAAAUUCGAAGCAAGCAAGUUAUUCCACACACUGGUGGAUCCAAAGCUAAUCCUAGAAGAAGAAAUGAGUUGUUGUUAGAAACUGGGAAGCUACCAAGUCGUGGACAAUUAUAUAUUGAAACUCAUAAAAGGAAAGAUCGGUCAUUUGUAAAUGAAGCAACAAAGACUGUAGCGGAACAAAUUGAAGUAGGAUUGACUCAAAGCAUAGUUGAUGAAUAUGAAGUUUCUCCUCUUGAUGCUGUUGGAACACAAGACUUCAAGCUUCUAGUCUGA